AUGACUACCUGGCAGAAAAUUACCAAUACUCUAUAUCAAGAUGGCAUUGAUGGCGAUAAAAGCUCGAAGAAAGCACAAACUCUAAAGUCUUCUUUUUAUCCAUCAUGGAAAAUCAACCGAUAUUUAUUACUUUCCAAAGCAGUCUAUUUCAUCUAUAGCUUUGCUGUUGGAGGUUUAAAGCCCUUCUUACCGAUUUACUUUAAACAGCUGGGAAUCAAUGCCAAGCAUUUAGGAAUCUUAAUGGGUUGUCGACCUCUGGCGGAAGCAUUUAGUAUCAUGAUAUUUUCAAUGAUAGCUGAUCGAUUGCAAUGUCAUAAAACAAUUUUAAUCACAGCUUUAUGUAUGGGAGGACUAUUAACCUUUGCAUUUAAUUUUAUUCCCAUUCCUAGCUUUUAUUGCCCACCUGAUAAUAUAACUUCAGAUAUCAUCAUCAAUACUACCUUUACAUCGGAGGCUUUCCAAGCGUCUCCAAUGUAUACAGUUGAAAAUCCAUACACUCUCACCAACGGCAGCUAUAAUGAAGGUUAUUAUUUUCGUCGAUAUGGCAGUAUCAUCGUUGAUAAUCCAUAUUUUACAUAUGAUCAUUAUGAUCUGCAAGAAAGUUUUAUUUGCAUAUUAGUCAUAAUUAUCAUUUGUGAAAUGAUUGCAGCUCCGUCGUUAACUUUAGUCGAUACCUAUACGUUAUAUCAAUUAGAGGAUAAGAAAGUAGAAUAUGGUCGACAGCGUUGCUGGGCUGCUAUAGGUAUUGGAGCUGGCGAAUUAAUGUCGGGCUUAAUUUUAGUCCAUUCCAUCAUGACAAUUGAAAUUUGCGGCAAAAUAUACGUCAUGGGCCAUAAUUAUAACAUUGCAUUUUCCUUAUAUUUAAUACUGAUGAGCAUUGCAGCUGUCAUUGCGCUAAGAUUUCAAUUUUCAGAAUCAGAUAACCCUUCUUCAAGCCAAAUUAAUCGGCACGGUGAUGAUAGAAAUACUACAGACAAUACUGAUCAUGACGAUGAAAUAUAUCAUGAAGACAGCAACGGAAUCGAAACUAAAAAGUUAAUCAGACAUUAUUACCAUCAAUAUAAAAAUCGCUUACAAAAUAUUAAUAAAGAUUUUAGUGAGAGUGAAUUAGAUGAUGAUUCUGAUGAUGCAGUAUUUAGUUAUAGCACCGAUUCCAAUGAUGAAAUGGGAAUGCUAGCAAAGUUGAAGGAUAAACGAUCUACUUCUCCAAAUCAAUAUUCAAAUAUAUGGCAGCUCUUUACUUCACUUCGUUAUGGUUCUACGUUGUGCAUUAGCUUGUGUUUAGGUACUGCAAUGGGUAUAUUAACAUCAUUUAUGUACUGGCAUUUGCAAAGUUUAGGUGGAAGCACAUUAUUAUUUGGCUGUAUCGGGGUUACUAUCCAUAUCGUUGAAGCCAUAUCAUUUUUCUUGGCUCAAAAUGCAAUUUAUUAUUUAACUCAUGUUGGAGUUAUGGGUCUUUGCAUAUUUUUAACCGCUGUUGUUUGCAUGUCGCUGGCAUUUCUGCAAAUUCUUUGGUUGGCUGUACCACUUGGUAUUUUGAUCGGUAUGAUAACAGCACUCUUUUUCGCUAGUGCUACAUCCUAUUUUAGCCAAGCAGCUCAAAAACACAGUAUAAGCUCAGCACAAGGUAUAUUUCAAGCCGUUUACUGUGGUAUCGGUUGCUCCAUUGGCUCGGUUGUCGGUGGUAUUGUUAUAACCUAUCAUGGUGCAAGAAAUUUAUUUUUUGUAGCUGGUGCAUUCUAUACAAUCAUUUUUAUGCUAUUCAUCUUGCUACAACUACUGAUCCAUCUAUCAGAGCGUGGUACUCUAACAGAUAUAAGGAAAAAAAAGGGGACAAAUGACCCACCUAAAAGCUACUUUCGUCGAGUUAAAGCAACUCGAUCUAGAACGUAUUAA